CCCACCCCCAGAGGAGAUUUAUGAACGGGGGUUUUGUUUGUGUGUAGCGCAGAGGGUCAAAUUCCAAGUGUCUCGCAACGUCUGGGGUCAAAGUUGCAAGCGCUUGAAGAACUGGGUCCCUCAGCCCAGGUUCCCAGAGAUUUUAGGUCUUUAAUUCCCAUCUUCAUUAGCGUGAACACCUAAACAGCAGAGUACUUGAGGCUUAUUUAGACACAGAGCUCAGAUAAAGGAAUUUCUGAAUGUAGGAUUUUGCUCCCGGUUAGCGUAUGGUUGUAAUUUAUAGCCCGGCUUACCAUGCUAAGACCUUGCAGACAGCACUCUCUUGAAUGUUGGAGCAGUUGUGAACUACAGCCUCGGCUUCUGGAGAUGAAAUACUGCGUGUUUAAGUUUAUAGUUAUUUUAUUUAGGUCUUAAUGGGUUUGCAUACAAUAACCUUUGCAGAAUGCCUGCAGUAGUACCAUAAAAAGAGAGCUGAGCGGGGCAGCAACGUUUAAAUUCACCCUAAUACGGAAAUGGUGACACAAUUAUAAAAGUAGCAGAAUUGACUUGUGAGGCAUAUGGUUUCUGUCUGAAUCGCAAUCUUUCCAUGCCACCAGCCCCUUCAGAGACAUCACUGUCCUUCUCUGGCCCUUGUUGGUACUUUGCGUGCCCCUCGUAUGCAGUGGUCCCUUUUCACUGGUAAAUGGUGGUGGAAGGCCUGAGAGUGCCAACCCCUUUGACGUGGUAUUGCUUUGUCACAGUCAUAUGCAACGCUGCAGUUUUUUAGCUAGGUAUGGGCACGGCGAGGUGCCUGACACCGGUGGUAUCCCUCUGAGGCUGGGGGUCCCAGCUGGUGGGCAGAGGUGGUUAGAGUAGCCAGCCAUUAUAUUUGGCGUACGUAUCUUUGUGGUGCCAGCUGGUUACUUGCUGAGUAUGAAAGUGGCAGAUUUCAGAAGAUGUCAAGUUGGCCUCUUGAGGUGUUCAUCACAGGUCACGUUACGCAGAAGGGGGUAGCUAAGAAGUUGAGAAGUAAUGUACAGGCUGUUAGGAAGGGGGGUUAGACACCCCAGUCUCUGUUGCAUGGAGGUCUUUACUCUGAUAUGUGGGUCCAGGUGGAAUUAGAGAGAGGCAGAGUCUUAAUGAACAGUUGAGAAAAUGAUGCAGAAGAAAGGAGCUAAGGUUCAAGAGGAACUGGGAAUGCUUUUGGAAUAGAAAGGGUCUGCAUUAGUGACUUUAUCUAACUAGUUGGCAGCCGGGCUAUGUAUGCCUUAAAUUAAAACAUGUAUUUAUUUAGAUAUGUAAUUGCUAUAUCAAAUUUUAAGUUUUUAAAACAAAACAGUGGGAAAAAGCUGACAGGUGAAAAAGAACGUAGUUUGCUAUGACACAUACUCCCUGGAAGAGGAUCGUCAUCCCCAUGGUAUUAAACCAUCUCCAUGAUAUAAUACUUGGAGUAUCAGAAACUUUGUGGAAGCUCAGGUAGUGUAGUGACAGACAACAGAUGGCAUAGAGAGAAGAGAGUAGCUUGCCACGUGUAUGAAGUGGGAUACUUUUUGGUAAAAAGCAAAUAACUGUUCUGGGAAGUAACACGGGAUCUCAUGAAUUGAUAUUCCAGGCCUAAAUAGGAAGAGUAGAGAUCAGGGCUCUAUGACUGUCUGCCGAACCAAGAUGUUGACAACGACUGUCAUCUACCGAGGGGGGGUAGAGAAGCUACUGAAGUAGGAAAUACAAUGGCAAUGGGAGGCUUCAGUUGCCCCCACUUAGAUUAUGUCAUGCUCUAACAUUAAAUUUGCCCGUGUACUAACUUUUUAGAUGCCAAAAAAACCUGCUUUGUAGGUGUAGCUUGUAAGGGUGCUCUGUGGGUGGCAACUCGGGACAAGGUCCUGGCCAGCAAGAAUUAAGUUCAGAAUUUUACAUUAAAAAUGCCAGCCAGCUGUGACGUGACAGUGAUCACAAUGUACUUGGACUCAGUGUUGCUUCAGGAGCACUAAAGCCAAGGGCUGUUGUGGCAGUGUUUAAUUUUCCAAAUUAAAUCUUCAUAAAACAAGGAAAACAAUGAAUGAAAUGGUGAGAGGCAGCCAAAAGUGAAAAAUAUUUGCAGGUGGCAUGUAAUUCUUCAAAGACACUGAAGUAAACACUCAGAGCAAUUACAUGGCAUCUGCCGGAAAUACCAAAAAAGUUGAGCAGGCUGACAAGCAAAGUGAAGGAGCUCAGUAGAAGUAAACUCAACAUCUUUCAAAAAGUUAAAGCGGAAAAGAACGUUAAAUCUGUGUUAAACACAAUAAGGUAGGCCAAAAAGAGUCAUGGAAUAAGUUGCUAAAGGCAUGAAAACAAUUAGUAAAUCCUCUUUGAAAUGCAUCAAAAGCAGGAAGCCUGCUGAUAAGUGAUCCAUGUGUAGAAGGAGUGUCCAAGGAAGAUAAAGUCAUAGCAGGAGAGUGAAACACAUUCUUUGAGCCUGGCUUCACUGAAGAAGAGUUUAAGGAGAUUCCCUUGCUAGAGGCUUUUUCUUUUUUUUAAGGCGUGAGCAUGUUGGAGGGUUUCUCCCAAAUUGUAGUGUCUGUAAGAGAGGGCACCAGUUCGAAGCAUUGAGGAGAAGGAUGAAGUAGAGGGCAGGAGGUGGUAUUUGUUCAUGAGUUUUGAAGGAACUUAAAAUAUGAAAUUGCCGAUAGAUUGGCUGUUGUGUUCAACUUGUUGCGUAGGCCUGCCUUGGUGCUCCAGGAAUAGAAGGUGACAAAUGAGCUGUCAGUUUUUCAAUGUUUCUGGGGAGACUGAGAACUCCGGGCAGUCAUUUUUGUUUGCUUGUUUGCCAGGGAUUAGUGAAUGGGAUUAGCGAACACUCGUAUGAAUGUGAUACAUUGACAAAUAAUAGGCCUGACUCCUGUUGAGGAGGAGUUGUACGUCACGAGUCUUCUGGAGUUCUCUAAAGGCAUUGCUGAGCUGUUGUUGAGGUCUGGUUGAUACAGGCCUUCUUAAAGCAGGGCCAGUUUCAAAGUGGGAUCAUUGAUUGCUCUGGGUCGUGCGGUCAUGGUCAGUUUGCUCAAUGAAAGGAGGUUGCCAGUUGUGUGUGUCAUCGUCCCCCCGGCCCGAGUCUGCCCAGGGUCUAUGCCGUUCAACGGAUGGAGGAAGGGAUAGGUGGUGAUGUGACAAGUUUACUGGUUGUAUUAAUCCAUUCAGAGCAGUAAAAUCUUGAAGACUGAACCACAAAGACUGUAGAGGGAUCUCAUAUUGAAAGUCCAGAUGUAAGUUUGCAAAUGAAAUUCGGUACAGACCGAUGCAAGUGUAAUGCACAUGUAAGGGAAUGCAAUCUUAACUCUACACAAGGAUGAAGUCUGAAUUGGCUUUUUACUCAGGAAAAGAUCAUACAACACAGAUAAUCCUAUGAAAAAAUAAGCUCUGUGCCCAGAAGUGCCUAAGAAGGGAGAGGGCAGGUUAGGAAUUAUUAGGAAGCAGUAAAAAAUGAAAUAGAAAACACUGUCAUGCUACUAUAAAUCCAUAUUGCUGCCCUAUCCUGAAUAGCAUUAAAAAUUUUUGUUCCCCCAUCUUAAAAAGAAUGUGGUGGAAGAUAAUGAGCUACAGAGAAAGGCAUAAAAGACAAUCAAGGGUAUGAAACAGCUUUUGUGAAAGAGUAAGUAGCUUCAAAAAUAAGUGACUGAAGAGGAUGUGGGGCUGUGCUUUAAAAUCAUUAGUGUCAUGAAGAAAGUGAAUAGGUAACAGUACAGAUAAAUGUGACCCAAAUAAAACAAUUGGGAGGCAGCUUCAAAACAACAGGAGGUGUUUGUCCUGCAGUACAUAAAUUGCGGUGCUCGUGGCCACUGCGUGUGUGUCAGGGGUGUAUGUGGGUUCACAAGUGAUUAGGCAGUCUGUGGGAGAGAAACUUGCUGUGCAACUUAGCAGACAGAAAAGUUCAAUAUCAAUUUCUGGGCACUGACUGCCCAUGAAGAAUUACUGAGAUGCUGAUCAAGAAUUAUUUCUGAAAACUGCAAAUAGAAACCUUCUCCAUUGAGAAGAAUAAGCUAAGUUCCCUUUGCAGCUUGGACACAGGCAUCCAGGAGCAAAUGCGCCUGCAUGUGGCAUGUUGUUUCACCCAAGAUCAAAGGUGACAAGAAUAGCGGAGCAGAGAAGUUAAGAAUGAUGCAGAGAACACAGAUGUGAAGAACAAAGGAGAGAGGAAGGAGCUGAGCCCAGUGCAGAGGGGGAGAGGAGAAGAAGCAGCCUAAAUCUCCUUCCCAGGCUGGUGACAAUGCCUGUCGAAAGGAUGCGGAUGCGCCCCUGGCUGGAAGAGCAAAUCAACUCUAACACAAUACCGGGGCUGAAAUGGCUAAAUAAGGAAAAGAAGAUUUUUCAGAUUCCCUGGAUGCAUGCCGCAAGACAUGGGUGGGAUGUUGAAAAAGACGCUCCCUUAUUUAGAAACUGGGCAAUUCACACAGGAAAAUACCAGUCAGGAGUAGACAAACCUGAUCCAAAGACAUGGAAGGCAAACUUCCGUUGUGCUAUGAACUCUCUGCCUGACAUAGAAGAAGUGAAGGACAAAAGUAUAAAGAAAGGAAACAAUGCCUUCAGGGUGUACCGGAUGCUGCCAUUAUCUGAAAGACCUUCCAAAAAAGGAAAAAAAACGAAGUCCGAGAAGGAUGACAAAUUCAGACAAAUUAAGCAAGAGCCAGUUGAAUCAUCUUUUGGGAUUAAUGGGCUAAACGAUGUCACUUCUGACUAUUUCCUGUCCUCCAGUAUAAAAAACGAAGUUGACAGUACAGUGAACUUUGUAGUUGUAGGACAGCCGCACCUUGAUGGCAGCAGUGAGGAGCAGGUGAUAGUUGCUAAUCCUCCUGAUGUUUGCCAAGUAGUAGAGGUGACAACAGAAAGCGAUGAACAGCCCCUCAGCAUGAGCCAGCUGUACCCCCUACAGAUCUCCCCUGUCUCGUCCUGUGCAGAAAGUGAAACAACCGACAGCGUUCCAAGUGAUGAAGAAAAUGCAGAGGGACGACUUCAUUGGCAGAAGAAAAACAUUGAAGGCAAACAGUAUCUCAGCAAUCUGGGAAUGAGGAACACUUCCCAUAUGCUUCCCAGCAUGGCAACUUUUGUAGCCAACAAGCCUGACCUCCAAGUCACCAUCAAAGAAGAAAGCUGCCCACUGCCUUACAACAGCUCCUGGCCCCCUUUCCCAGACAUCCCUCUGCCACAAGUAGUGUCCACAGCCUCCACGAGCAGCAGCCGGCCAGACCGCGAGACACGGGCCAGCGUCAUCAAGAAAACGUCAGACAUCACCCAGUCGAGAGUCAAGAGCUGCUAAGCCUUUGACAGUGUGGUUUUUUUAGCUUUGUUUUG